UUUGAUUUUGGUUAUGACAAAAAAUGGCCGCAUCCUUAGUUCGUACUUGUGUAUUAUCUCGGUUUACAUUAGCGGUCACUAGAGGUACUCCCAUUUGUCUAAAUUAUGUCCCCGCAAGAAACCAUGACCAGUACAGAAUGAGGUAUUUAAGAGAAAUGUACAACAGAAGGUUAAAAGUUGGUCCUGAAAAACUAAGGAAAAGAUCUGAUUGGAUAAACUGGAACUAUGAUGCAGAAAUCUUUUGUUUUGGUAAAAGGCUAAGUGAAGAUUUCAAUGAAUCAACUCUAAAGCAAGCAUUUAUUCACAGAUCCUAUGUAGAUGCAGAGAAAAAGAAAAGGGAAAAGCUUGGCCUAGAUGAUGCUGUAAUGCAGCUACAGCUAGAAGACAAUACAGAGCUUGCAGAACAAGGUUCAAAGCUGAUGAGUAGCUACAUCAAAAUCUAUUUAAGAAACAUGUAUCCAUAUAUGUUUGAAGAAGGCAUUAGUGCUGUGCAUAAUUUUCUGAUGACUAAUAGAAUGCUUUCUUACAUCGCAAAACAUAUUGGCUGUCGGGAUCUUAUUCUUUCUGAGGAGUUUCCAGUGCGGUCACCAACCCUUAGUCUAACCUUUAAAGCUAUUGUAGGGGCCAUCUUAAAAGAUCAGGGCAAGGAGCAAGCGGAGAGGUUUGUCCGGGAUUUUGUGCUUCCCCAGCUGAUUGGGAAAGACAUCAAUGAAUUAUGGGAGAUCAUCAACCCCAUGGGUCUGUUGACGGCUGUCCUUGCCAUGAUUGGGAAGGGGCCACCAGAACCAAGGUUAUUAUGGAAAUCAGCAACAAACACAAUCAUGUCCCUUUAUUGGGUGGGAAUAUACAGUGAUAAAAUAUUAAUUGCAAAAUCACCUGGAGAGACUGUAACGAUAGCAGAAGAAAUGGCUGCGAGGGAAGCUCUGAAGAAAAUCAUGAAGACGGACGACAGUAGGGCACCUUUACUCCUGGGCAGAAUGGCCGAAGGUUUGUCCUUAGAUGAAAGUAAAGUCAACAUCUCAGCGGAAGAUGUCAUCAAACAGUUCUACUCAUCUAGCCAGCAAAAAACUGCUUCAUCAUAGCACAGACGAUUGACUUGUUUUUGUAUUUGUUUGCGUCUAGCAUUAGAAAUUUAUAUCUUAAAAACA